CAGUCGAGGUCGGGUUUCAGUUAGUGCGCAGAACUGAUCGUGUUGGGACGUGUAGUGUGAGAACAAAAAAUAUUGAGCUUUUCAGUGCCUUUGCAAAAAACUUUGACUUUGACUUGAAUUUCAACUAUUGUGAUAGUUACUACUAAAAUUGUCAAAAAAUAAGAACAUGGACAAGAUGCAGUUACUAAAGCAGUUGAACAAACUGCUGCAAGCUCCGCGAGCUGCCGGUAGUCUGACACGCUCGAAGCACACCCGGACUGUGGCACAGCAGCGUUCGCCGGCCGGCGGCAUCAGUCAGAAUGCAAACAUGUCGUCCACCGUGACGGCAACAAAGACGAAACUCUACAACGUCCAGGAGACGGUCGUACUGAAGAACUUACCAGUGGGACAGGCUUCCCAGGAGGUAUUUGAUCGCGAGGAUAAAUUCGGAGCGCACAAUUAUCACCCGAUUCCGGUUGCGCUAGCCCGUGCCGAGGGCGUGUGCGUGUGGGACGUCGAGGGUAAACGAUACUACGACUUUCUCAGUGCCUAUUCGGCGGUUAACCAGGGACAUUGUCACCCGAAAAUCGUUCAGGCACUGACCGAGCAGGCCCAGGUGCUGGCGCUGACCUCCAGAGCAUUCUACUCAAACGUUCUGGGCGAGUACGAGGAGUACAUCACAGCCAUGUUCGGCUACGACAAAGUGCUGCCCAUGAACACCGGCGUCGAAGGGGGUGAAACGGCAUGCAAGCUUGCACGCAAGUGGGCUUACAAGGUGAAGAAAGUACCGAACAACAAGGCGAAGAUCAUCUUCGCCGAGGGUAACUUCUGGGGCCGAACGUUAGCGGCCGUUUCGGCAUCGAAUGACCCCUCGAGUUUCGAAGGUUUCGGUCCGUUCAUGCCCGGAUUCGAACUCGUUCCGUACAACGACACCGUUGCUUUGGAGAAAGCCCUGCAGGAUCCGAACGUGUGUGCAUUCAUGGUUGAACCGAUCCAGGGGGAGGCUGGAGUUGUUGUGCCAGAUGAGGGUUAUUUGAGAAAGGUUCGUGAAUUAUGCACAAAGUACAACGUUCUGUUCAUUGCCGACGAAGUCCAAACUGGUCUCGCCCGGACCGGACGCAUGUUAGCAGUAGAUCAUGAAGACGUCAAACCAGAUAUUUUGAUUUUGGGAAAAGCUCUUUCCGGUGGACUGUAUCCCGUAUCCGCUGUACUAGCAAACGACGACGUGAUGCUGUGCAUCAAGCCUGGUGAGCAUGGAUCUACCUACGGCGGAAAUCCACUAGGUUGCAAGGUAGCACUGGCAGCCCUGCAGGUUUUGGUUGACGAAAAGUUAGCCGAAAACGCUGACCGAAUGGGCAAAAAACUACGUGAUUCGCUGUCGGAACUUCCCAAGGAUGUUGUUUCGGUCGUCCGAGGCAAAGGUCUGCUAAAUGCCAUCGUCAUCAGCUCCGGUGUCGACGCUUGGGAUGUUUGCUUGCGGCUGAAAGACAACGGUCUGAUUGCGAAACCAACCCAUGGGGACAUUAUCCGUUUCGCACCGCCACUCACGAUUAACGAGCAGCAGCUGGAGGAGUGCUCGGAGAUUAUCAAGGAUACAAUCAUGUCGUUCACCCACGGACAGUAAAAUAAGUGUAUUUUAGCGAUUGUGUUUUGUGUCUAAGUUUGAUGUUAUCUCAGUACGAAUUAUUAUAUUCACCUUUUUUCCUAAA